UUGAAAAGGGCGCCAAAUGCCAAUCAAAGACGUACAACUUGUUAAACUGCAAUUGAAGCUAGCAAAGUCUAAACCGUAAAUCAAGAAAGAGAGAGAUGUGGAGAGACAAGAGUCCCGGAGUUAAGAUCCUCUGGAUCUGGACCAUCGGAACUGCCGCCGUUUUGGUGACAAAUGUUGCUAGGACUAGGAUGAGGGACAUGGAGCAGCUCAUCAACUCCCAAUCCCAAGAACAAGAGCAGCAGCAACAAAACCCUCGUAUCAUCGACUCUGUUAUAACUGAUCAGCCAUCUGAUCCUGCUUUUGAAGCCAUUCGAGAAGAGAAAUCGUAGCUUUUGACUAAAAGUUUUUUGUGAACCUACUAGUGUUGCUUUCCCGCCUAGGAUAAUACUAGGUGUUUGAUGAAUUGCCUGACUGAGAUGUCUACUUCCUCUUUCAAAAUCCAUAUGUUGAAUGCUUUGCUUGUCUUGCUCCUUCCAACCAUUUCAAGAGCUCAAAUACUAUCUUGCAGGCGGGAUGGGGUGACAGUAGCGAGUUUUUGAAUUCAAGACUUCCUGCUCGCAA